GAUCUCCCUCCUCUUUCAUAUAUAUAUAUAUAAAUAUAAAAGCAUACACAUAUACGGUGUAAAGGUAUAGCUGAAGAUGAGGAGUACUAACUAUGGUUGGUUUCAGUGUUGGAGUAGUUUCGCCUUUAUCAUCUUCUUGUUGUUACUAUCACCUCAGAACUCCACAGCUCAAAACGCCACCACUGACCCUUCGGAAGGGGGCACAGGUUUGUUCUUUAGUGAUAGCCCUAAACACAAUAUUCCAAAAAUGGAAUGUAAAAGCAAACCCCAUGUGGAACAUCAGUGGGGAGCCAUGCACUGGAUCUGCUAUCAAUAACACAAUAGAUGUUGAGCAGGAAGGCAACAACCCCAGCAUCAAAUGCAACUGUACCUACAACAAUAACAGCACUUGCCACAUUACCCACCUGAGAGUGCAAUCUUUGGACGCGCAUGGAGUGAUUCCUGAGGAAAUCACAGCUUUGCCAUAUCUAUUAUAUUUCAAGAUUGACUUGAAUUACUUCAGCGGAACUUUGCCAGCAUUUCUGGGGAAUUUAUCUGCACUACAAAUAUUGUCUGUCUCCCACAAUGCAUUCAAUGGGCCAAUUCCAAAGGAGCUUGGCAACCUUAAGGAUUUAUUUAUGAUUGCCUUGGGAUCAAACAAUUUCUCUGGAACCCUGCCCCCAGAACUUGGUAACUUGUCCAACCUUCAGCUAGUUUACAUAGACAGUUGUGGACUCAGUGGUGAAAUUCCCUCUACAUUUGCUAAGCUUCGAAACAUGAGAGUCUUGUAUGCGACAGAUAGUCCUUUCUCAGGGAAGAUACCAGACUUCAUUGGCGGCUGGAAAAAUCUAACUGAGUUGAGAUUGGUAGGGAACUCUUUUGAAGGUCCAAUACCAGCCAGUUUUUCUCAGUUGACCUCAUUGCAGUCUCUGCGGAUCAGUGAUAUAUACAACGGCAUAUCUUCUCUUGAUUUUUUAAAGAAUUUGACGAACUUGAAUGAGUUAAUUCUGAGAAAUGCUUUAAUCAGUGGUAAAAUUCCAUCUUAUAUUGAAGGAUUUCAGAGCCUGAAAACACUGGAUCUGAGUUUCAACAACUUAACAGGCGAGAUCCCAAGUUCAUUGUUUACCAUGAGUCUAACAUCCUUAUUUUUAGGAAACAACAGUCUGUCUGGAAUCCUUCCAAUCCAACUGAAUGCCAAUCUUCAGAAUAUAGAUGCAUCUUAUAACCACCUAUCAGGUAGUUUGCCACCAUGGGUAAUCACCGUGUCCCAAUUGAACUUAGUGGCCAACAAUUUUGUAUUCGACAGCUCAAAUAAAUCAGUACUUGCUGGAUUGGAAUGCCUUCAGAGAGACUUUCCAUGUAAUAGAAAUGCUCCACCUUAUACAACCUUCUCACUUAAAUGUGGGGGACCAGAGGUGAGAGGAAAUACAGGCAUAGUCUAUGAAGCUGAAAGUUUAUUUCUUGGGCCAGCAAAAUUCUAUGUUAUAGAUGAGAGGUGGGCAGUUAGCAAGGUAGGCUUGUUUGCUGACAGAAGAGGUAAACUAGACAUUGAAGGUAACCUGGCACAAGUCACUGGCUCCACUGAGAACCCGGAGCUUUUCCAUACUGCAAGAAUGUCCCCAGGAUCACUAAGAUACUAUGGUCUUGGUCUUGAGAAUGGUCCUUACACUGUAACUUUGCAUUUUGCUGAAAUUGGUUUUCCAAAUCGAAACUCUCAAAAGUGGGCAGGACUAGCAAGGCGCAUGUUUGAUAUUUAUAUUCAGGGAAGUCUUAGACAUAAGGACUUCGACAUAGCAAAGGAAGCAGGUGGGGUAGAGAAAGCAUUAGUGAAGAAAUUCAAAGUUACUGUGUCAGAAAACUAUCUUGAAAUCCAUUUGUUUUGGGCUGGAAAGGGAACUUGCUGCAUACCUAAACAAGGUUAUUAUGGUCCAUUGAUAGCGGCUAUUCACGCUGCUUCAGAUCUCACACCUGGGAUGAGAAAAUCUAUUCAAAGAGGCAAGAAUAAGACAGUGUUGAUCCUUGGAACUACAAUCCCUUCCGUGAUUCUUUUCCUUUUAUUGUUUUUUGGAGUAGUUUACAUGAGGAGAAAAUCAAAGAAUGGUGAUGACACAGCUGUUCUUGGUUCAGGCCACCAUCUCAAUACUUUUAGCUACGCUGAACUAAGAACUGCCACAGAUGACUUCAAUUGUUCAAAUAAGCUUGGUGAAGGAGGGUUUGGCCACGUUCACAAGGGAACGCUUUCAGAUGGGAGGGAAGUUGCUGUUAAACAACUUUCUAUAGAAUCUUACCAUGGAAAGAGUCAAUUUCUCGCAGAAAUUGCAACCAUAUCUGUUGUACAACAUCGCAAUCUCGUGAAACUUCUUGGAUGCUGUAUUGAAGGAGAAAAACGAUUACUGGUUUAUGAGUAUCUCAAAAACAGAAGCCUUGAUCUAGCAUUAUUUGAAAAGAAUGCGUUACACCUUGACUGGCCUACCCGCUUCAAUAUAUGCUUGGGAACAGCAAGAGGACUUGCUUACCUUCAUGAAGAAUCCAGGCCAAGAAUUGUACAUCGAGAUGUCAAAGCUAGUAAUAUUUUGCUCGAUGCAACACUCCGUCCUAAAAUAUCUGAUUUUGGAUUGGCAAAGCUCUAUGAUGACAACAAAACACAUGUUAGCACUAGAGUUGCAGGAACAAUAGGAUAUUUAGCACCAGAAUACGCUUUGCGCGGGCACCUGACAGAAAAGGCUGAUGUUUUUGCUUUUGGUGUUCUUGCUUUGGAGAUCUUUAGUGGGAGACCAAACUUCUGCAAUGGCCUGGAAAAUGAGAAGAUUUUUCUCCUUGAUUGGGCAUGGACCUUAUACGAAAUGAACCAAUCUUUGGAGCUGGUGGAUCCAACAUUAACCGAAUUCGAUGAAAAUGAAGCCACCAGAUUGAUAAGAGUGGCUCUCUUGUGCACUCAAGCAUCCUUGUGGUUGCGGCCGCCAAUGUCACGCAUCAUUGGAAUGCUUCUUGGAGAUAUGGAAAUUGAGCGCGCUACAUCAAAACCAAGUUAUCUUACAGAUUUUGAUUUGAAAGAUACUAGUACUAGUGUCUUUUCUAGCGAGGCCGAUACUUCACUUGAUUAUUCAUCCAAGUCUAUGUGAGAACCAGCAUGGUUUUGCUCCAUCUAAAUUGGGUAUGUUCGUUCGUGACUUUUCCAUGGGGUGAUUAUUUUUUUUGUAUUCCACAUGGUUUCUUGGAUAUGUAUAGAUUUGUCUUUUUAGUCUUUGAUAGUUUUUCUGGUAGGAUUAUUAUGCCUUGUAAAUUUGACCAAUUAUAAAAACGGUUAUUUGGUUUUGGGUGUA